UGGGAGAUACAUUAGUGAUUCUUCUUUCACAAUGUACUGCAGCAUCAAUAAUGUUCGAAGGUCGAUAAAAGACGGAAAACAAAUGAACAUGAUAUAUAUAGACGAUGGUGUGUACGGAUGCCUGCGAGAUGUUGAGAAAUGGCAUUAUCCCAAAAAAUUUAAACGAUCAACGGAAAAUGACACGGGGCCUCUCGAGGAAGCCACGUUAUGGGGUCCCAGCUGCGACUCCGAGGAUCGUAUAAUGCAAGACUACACGAUCCUCCUACCACGGUGCGUGGCUCUGGACUGGCUCAUCUUCCCAGGAUCGGGGGCUUACACCAUCACAGUUUCCACCAGAUUUUCCUGUCUAGAAAUUCCUUUGAUACGCUCUGUCGUUUCUUUGGAGUUAUGGAAUCGAAUAAAAGAUAAUGAAGUGUUCGCGGCUAACGAUUUUAUAUUAAAUCCGGAUUUAUCGACACCACUUCCGAGUACUUCGCCGCCUUUGCUUCAAAAUCACACGCUUUACGAACGUCAAUAAAUCGCACGACAUAAAAUUUGAGAUCUUUAUAUUGUACUAGUAUAUUUUAUAUCCGCCCGGAUAGCCACCACCGUACACUAGGUGUUAAAACUCGCCAUAGUGGACCAUAGUGCGUUCCGGGAGCCUGUGUAUAUCCGAUUCCAACAGGCCGGCAUAAUUGUGUCGACUGUCGAGGGGUAAUCAUCUCUCGUCAGUCGACAUAUUGGACCCUACUCGACUUAUCAUAAAGUGCAGUGUGGUCACUUUGUCGUGUUCUUAUAAAAAAAUACUAGUACCGAAUGCGGCGGGCUGCUAGAGUCUUGCCAACUAAUCGUGGCAUAGAAAAUAUGGCGGCAAAAUCAAAAAAAUAUACCUUGUAACCGCGGGUAAACAUCAAGUGACUAAUGUUUUUAUUAAAGAUCGUUAAAAUAAAAAAUAUUUUUUUAAUAAAAAUAUAACUGUAAGAUAAACUCAUCUUUUUCUAAAAGCGGCGGUAGCCUAGUUGGGUGCGGAACGGUCUGCCAAG